AUGUGUCAAGUAUUCUUCAGACGAUUAUGUGUACGUAAACCAAUGCUAACGCUACAUAUUGAGCUGGGUGAAGUCCAUGGAUUUAGACAAACACUAAAUUGGUAUCAAUUACUUGCCAUAGGUCUUGGUGGUACUAUUGGUGCUGGGAUAUUUGUAUUAAGUGGGAAAGCUGCUGCAAAAUAUUCUGGUCCAUCGGUCAUCAUUUCAUUUCUUAUAGCAGGCGUUAUUGUUCUAUUCUCAUCUUUAUCAUUUUCAGAAUUAGGAGCAAUGAUGCCUAGUGCUGGAUCAGUUUAUACAUAUACUCAUGUCGCCUUGGGAGGUAUGCGAUCAAAAGUAUUAUUAUAG